AUGUCUCGGAGAUACGAUUCACGGACUACCAUCUUCUCGCCAGAGGGCCGUCUGUAUCAGGUAGAAUAUGCGCUCGAGGCUAUUUCUCAUGCCGGUACAGCUCUCGGUAUUUUAGCUAAGGAUGGAAUCGUCCUUGCUGCUGAGCGGAAGGUUACCAGCAAGCUGCUGGAGCAGGACACCUCCGCAGAGAAGCUCUACACAAUCAAUGAUAACAUGAUCUGCGCUGUGGCUGGUAUGAAUGCUGAUGCCAACAUUUUGAUCAAUUACGCCCGUCAAAACGCCCAACGCUACCUCCUCACCUACAACGAAGACAUUCCCUGCGAGCAGCUUGUACGCCGACUGUGCGACUUGAAACAAGGAUAUACCCAGCACGGCGGUCUGCGUCCUUUCGGUGUGUCGUUCAUCUAUGCAGGCUGGGACCACCUGCGUCAGUUCCAGCUGUACCAGAGCAAUCCUAGUGGGAAUUACGGCGGAUGGAAGGCGACCAGUGUUGGUGCCAACAAUGCUAGCGCACAAAGUCUGCUGAAGCAAGACUACAAGGAGGACCAGACCCUACAGGAGGCUUGUGCAAUGGCCGUCAAGGUCUUGAGCAAGACCAUGGAUUCCACGAAGCUGAGCAGCGAGAAGAUCGAGUUCGCAACAGUAGGCAAGACCAAGGAUGGAAAAAUCUACCACCACCUUUGGAGCGCAGAUGAAAUUGAUGCUCUCCUACGAGACCAAGGGCUGGCCAAGGUUGAUGACGAACCCGAGGCUGGUGACAUAAAAUAG